UUUUCUGCCCGGUUUGGACUGGGGAAUGAAAGAGGCAGCAGCGUUUCACGAAGAGAAGACAAAAUAACACACCUGGAGUCAUUUUUGUUAAACGUGGAAGUUUUAAAAAGAGCACAGAGGCGUUUCUGUUCAGGGACAAGGACACUGUCUAAGGAUCAAGUGCCAAAUGCCAAGACUAGAGGACCAUUGUUGGACCUGCUCCUGUUCAGCCAGUGUGAAGUCAAACGACCUGUCGAGCGCCAGUUGGGUUGUUUGUAAAACGGGUGAAAUGAUGUCCAUUAUAACCUCAGUGCUUGGCCAUGCAUACGGCUCUGUGCACAGUCUCCAGACUGCUAAUUUAAUUCGACGGGGGCUUGUGUUGUUUAUUGUCGGAGUAGUUCUCGCCUUGGUGUUAAACUUACUACAGAUCCAGAGAAACGUUACAUUGUUCCCAGAGGAAGUGAUGGUCACUUUGUUCUCGUCCGCCUGGUGGAUUCCGCUCUGCUGUGGAACUGCUGCUGCUGUGGUUGGUCUGUUGUAUCCAUGCUUGGACCGCCACCUUGGAGAGCCACACAAGUUUAAGCGGGAGUGGGCAAGUGUGAUGCGCUGCAUUGCUGUUUUUGUGGGCAUUAAUCAUGCCAGUGCUAAACUGGACUUUGCCAAUAAUGUGCAGCUUUCUCUAACCCUGGCUGCCCUGUCUAUGGGCCUGUGGUGGACAUUUGACCGUUCCAGGAGUGGCUUUGGCCUGGGGCUGACCACUGCCCUGCUUGCCACUCUCGUUGCUCAGCUGCUGGUCUACAACGGCAUCUACCAGUAUACAUCACCAGACUUCUUGUAUGUACGCUCCUGGCUGCCUUGUAUAUUCUUCUCUGGUGGAGUGACGGUAGGGAAUAUCGGGCGACAGCUGGCUAUGGGCUCGACUGAGAAGCCUCACAACGACUAAGCAGGUGUUGGAGGUCAUGAAGUGAGCUUUGUAGAGUGCCAAAAACGGAGGGCCUGCGAACUGAGACUCUAUAUUGUGUGUCCCUGGAGACAAAGAUGUUUCUGUCCUAGCAUAACUUCUGCUCUUAAUUUUACACCUCUUUAUAACAAAAAAGGAAAAUGAAGAGCAGGCUGGUCUGAGAUGACCCAAUGUGCCAUGAACAGCACCUCCGAACCGCCAAAAGAACCCCCGUGGCAUUCAUUACUGCCAUAACCAUUGUCAUUGUUACAACAGCUACUUGCAGUAGUGUUACUGGUAACAUCAGUCUCCUUAUUACCAGGUUGCUAGAGUGCCGACUGUAAAAAUCAUAGCUAGUUUCACAAAAAACUUUAAAAAAAAAAGUUUUUUUAAAAAGUGAAAAGUAGUGGUGAAGCUGUGUGUAUACAGGUGUGCGUGUGAUGGGUCCUAUGGAUAAGACCAAGGAAGAAAAAGUGAUGCUAAAGUGCACACUUUAACAUGUUUAAUUUUUGUUGGAGAACCGAAAGAUAAAUGAAAGGGAAAAAAAAAAAUCAAGGCUGUGCAAAAUACCUAAAUAUCCAAAGAGGUCUGUGUACUGUCUAGAUAGGAUUUGUUUGAUUUUUUUUUUUUUUGCAAAUUGGACUGACCAUGCAGAGUAUUACAAUGAGUACCAGAGAGGUUUGGUUGCCAAUGUGCCGACUGGUUAUCACUACUUUGUAUGUUUGUUGCAAACACAGACCAAAAGUAAAUCUAGAAACAUUAGUUAUAAAGUGGCACCUUGAAAUACGAAUCAAACGUAAGUGAAAACAACAAGGAUGCUCAUAUUUCUAUUAUUGUAAAUUCACUGAAUAAUUUAAUAUAUUUUCAGUGGAAUUAUAAAGGUGUCUAAAUAAAACCAAUGAAAUGGUUGGGAACUUGGGAUUACUGAGCGUCCAAGAAAACAAAUUUUUACUGCGGCCUCAAUGGUUUGCAAUCUGUGAUUGCCUUUGUAUUAUAAAAUUCAGUGCUUUUGUCACUACACUUGUCUAUUUUUUUGUACUUCAUUUAUUGUGUAUUUCUUAUCACAUGUAGACACUUCUAUAUCUAAUCUAAAAGGUAUUACUGGGCUAGAGUGUAGGUUUGGGGGUCUUUGCAAAUUAAGUGCAAUGACAUACUAGGAGCCUGAUAUUCUUUAAUAUUUAUUACAUUUUACAAUGUUAAGGUACCCCAGGCAACUCAGUCAUAUUUAAACCAACCAGCAAUAACCACAUUGUUUAUAUGUAAAGUGAAGGUAUAUUAUAAUGGCAAAAUACUUUUUCUAAAAGACGUCCCACACAAAAGAUGCCAUUGCAAAGGAUACCAAUGACCAUUUUCACUAUUCUGAAGAAAAAAAACAAAAGUGUCAUGCCUGCACUAGUACGUUUCAGAAUGUUUAGGAAAGAACAUGAGUGAAAUGUCUUAUACAGUGAUAAAACUUUGCUCUAAAGAGCAAAAGGCUGUUUAUGAACCUUUCAGCCUCAGGGAAUGAGAGAUGUAUAACUGAAUGAAAGCUUUGUUUAAAGGGGAAUAAGAAAUGCAAUAGUGUAUUUCUAGGAGUGAAUGUGCAUGUGUGUCUUAACCAUUUCAGUUCCAUCAUUUCUAUUAUUCCGGAUUCAAUAAUGCAUUAUAUUAAAUAAAAUUGAGUUGUCCAGCAGCCUUUGAUUCAUUCACAAUCAUAUGAAAACAUGACACUGAAGAAUUGUAGCAUACAUUUUAUUUAUUGUCAACCAGUUGCAUCCAUUAAAGUGUAGGCAGGUUUUUUUUUUUACCAGCAUGACAUUUCAUUUAUUCAAACAGACAACAAAAAUAUUUUUCAUUAAAUAAUAAUUAACUAAUAAAGUGGCCCGUUGUAAAUCAUAAACCUUGGUUCUGGAAUGCAAACUGUGAAACCACUGAAUUAACUGUGUUGGGUCAGCUUUUUAAAAAUGGUGUGUAAAGACUUAACCACUUGUCACAGUCAAGCAAAGUUAGAUAGUACCCUCAGCCCCAGAAGUCUUUUCGCAUUUAAACUAGAAUUGCAUGGAAGGUCAAUUUUGUAAUUGUUCCCCACACCACUCAGUCAAGAGCCACUGCGCUGAUGUUACAGUAGAACAAAUGGUUGAGAAAUAAACUGAAAGAUGUAUGGCGUUCCAAAUAUUAUUUAUGAUUUUUAAAUGUUAAAAAAAAAAAAAAACUACACAAAUCUAGUCUCAACUCAAUGACAAGCUGGUUGUUUUAUACCACACAAAGAUAAAUACUACUGUUUUCAACAUACAAUUUAUAUAUGCAGAAUAUUACAUUCAAGCAAUCAUUUUAGCUUUUGCCAUAUCUAAUUACAUCACUAUUUAGAUCAGCAUGUCAGAUGUCCUUUUAAAUAUAUUGUUUCCACUCAUUCUUGUAUUAUUGCAAUUGCAAAUGUACACCCAUAUUUCAUGAUUAAGAGCAUUUAUAGAAUCAGCACAAUUUUGAUCAGAUUGUAACUUGUUUUAUCUUUUUUAAUAAAUGUGGGCAUAUUCCAUUAUUCUUUCAAAAGAUUAUUACAAUACAUUAAGAUAUACAAUAUUCCCAGUAAUGUGAAAACUAUUCACAUUGCUUUAGAAAUUUAUAUUCACAAGGAAACUGAUAAAAAAUGAGCAAGUACGAACCCCCACCCCCAAUAUUUAUACCAUGAUCAGUGGAAACAUGCAAAUGCUUCACACUGCAAUGUAUGGAAAAAAGGAUUUAAAUAUUGAUCUGUUUCUCACCCACACCUAUCAUAACGGUUCUGAAGAUAUGAAUUUAAACACUGGAGCCAUAUGGAUUACUUUUAUGCUGCCUUCAUUUGCUUUUUGGAGCUUCAAAAUAUUGGUACCCAUUCACUUGCAUUAUUUGGACCUACAGAGCUGAAAUACAGUGCAUCCAGAAAGUAUUCAGACCCCUUCA